CUCCAGUACAUAACAUGAGGUUUGUUGACAUGUGCGGCAGGACGAUAAGAUGACCGCCGCGGUGUUGCUGCUCUGUCUGGCCCUGAUGGCCGCUCCGGCGAGCUUGUGGAAGAUCCCUCCGCAUGAGGAGGUGGCGAAAAUGGCGCGCUUCGUGGUAAACCAGUGUGACUGGGCGUCCAUGGCCACUGUCUCCACUCACGAUCCGGUGAAGGGGCAGCCGUUCUCUAACGCCUUCUCAAUCAGUGAUGGAGCGGUGGGCAGCGGGACUGGCAUCCCCUACAUGUACCUGACCCACAUGGAGAUCUCAGUGCAGGAUCUACAGGUGAACUCGCAGGCCUCCCUGUCUGUGUCUCUGGCACAAACUCACUUCUGUAAGCACAAGGGUUAUGACCCCCAGAGCCCACUGUGUGCCCACAUCAUCCUGUCUGGAUCUGUACAGGAGGUAAACGGUACAGAAGCUGAAUUUGCGAAAGCGGCUCUGUUCAGCAGACACCCUGAAAUGAUUGACUGGCCGGUUGACCACAACUGGUUCUUUGCUAAAAUGAACAUCACUCAGGUGUGGGUGCUGGAUUACUUUGGUGGGGUGAAGAUGGUGUCUCCUGAUGAUUACUACAAAGCCACACCGUAUAAGAAACACCACUGAGGUGUUAUACAGUGGCUCUGAUUCGAGAAGACUCUGAGAUCUGUGGGAUUUUUAAAAAAGUGGCUCCAUGUAAUGACCGAAAUGUUUGGAAAACUGAAAUAUUUUAUAAGAUUUUAGCAGUUUUAUACAAGUGCUUGAGCAACUUUAAAGUAAUAAAAAUAAAUAACCAUA